GGGGGGGUGGCCAUGGUGGGAGAGAACAAGGAUCCGGAUGCGCGGGUGAUGGACGAGGGAGGGGGGGGAGAAGGCAGCUCAAAGUAGUGACGAGGACGAAGACGAGGACGAGCAUGGAACGAGUCCAACGGCCGAACAAAACGUGACACGGUACAAGCCCGUUGUCUCCUUGUUCUCUUCUUUGGCCGCAAAAGUCAAUCCCAACUCUAUCCAAUUCACAUCUCCCAUUCUCUUCUUCCUUCCUCCCUCCCAUCUUUCUCUCUACCCAUUGCGUACCGUCGCUUUCUUUUCGCCAAUCGACACGGUAUCUUGGAGCUGCUUCCCUGCCAUAGCUCCUCUGCUUCACCGACGGCCCCCGGCAGUGGUCGCGAGCAGAUGAAAAGGGCCUGCCAGACAUCCCCGUCGCCCCGGCUUCGUUAGCCUGGAUGCUCGAAGCCUCGCCGCCAUGGCGAACCUCUCUGUCCUGCGGCCAACUCUGGCCUACAACGUGUGCUCCUCCCGUGCUUCUUCCGGCCGGCUCGUCGUCCCCCGCGCGUGGCGGAAGGGUCUAGCAGCCGUAGCACCGGCAUCUGUCGUCGUCACCAGCAAGUGGCAAUCCACCCACGCGCGAGCCCGCCGCCAGACGAAGGCUCUCGUCCCGGCCGUCUCUCCCCGGUCUCUCCAGCUCAUCCGCCAUGCGUCGGUAGUCUCAGCGGGCUCUAGUUCCGGCUCCAGCACCGGCCCCACGGCUACACCGGCAGCGACCUACUCAACAGUCGCAGAACCGCAGUCCGUGCCGUACGCGCAGCUCACCGUCGGCGUGCCAAAGGAAAUUUACCUCAACGAGCGCCGCGUCGCGCUGACCCCGCAAAACGUGGCGCUCCUCCUCAAAAAGGGCUUCGCAAAGGUCAUUGUCGAGCGCGGCGCCGGCGCCGAGGCCGAUUUCCCCGACGAGGCCUACGACCGUGCCGGCGCGACGCUCGUCGAGCACCCGCAACAGGUCUGGUCCGGUGCCGAUGUCGUGCUCAAGGUCCGCAGCCCGAUCCCGUCCGAGAUCGACCUCAUGAAGGCGCACCAGACGGUCAUCUCGUUCCUGCAGCCCGCGCAGAACAAGCCGCUUGUCGACAAGCUCGCCGCGCAAAAGGCCACGUCUUUCGCCAUGGACCUCAUCCCGCGCAUCUCCCGCGCGCAGGUAUUUGACGCCCUCAGCUCCAUGGCCAACAUUGCCGGCUACAAGGCCGUUCUCGAGGCCUCCAACAACUUUGGCCGCUUCCUUACGGGCCAGGUGACGGCCGCGGGCAAGAUCCCGCCCUGCAAAGUGCUCGUCAUCGGCGCGGGCGUCGCGGGACUCAGCGCCAUUGCGACGGCGCGGCGGCUGGGUGCUAUUGUGCGGGGCUUCGAUACGCGUCCUGCGGCGAGGGAGCAGGUGCAGUCGCUCGGCGCCGAGUUCAUCGAGGUGGACAUCAAGGAGGACGGGUCCGGCGCCGGCGGGUACGCCAAGGAGAUGUCCAAGGAGUUUAUCGAGGCCGAGAUGAAGCUCUUUUACGAGCAGGCGCGCGAGGUCGACAUCAUCGUUACCACCGCGCUGAUCCCGGGCAAGCCUGCGCCCAAGCUGAUUACCAAGUCCAUGCUCGAAGCCAUGAAGCCCGGGUCUGUGGUUGUUGAUUUGGCGGCCGAGGCCGGUGGUAACUGCGAAAAGACCAAGCCUGGCGAGCUUUACGUCUACAAGGACGUCAAGAUCAUUGGCUACACCGAUCUCCCCUCCAGACUACCAACGCAAUCCUCGACACUCUACUCCAACAAUGUGACCAAGUUCCUACUUUCCAUGGCGCCAAAGGACAAGGAAUUCGGCGUCGAUCUCGCCGACGAGGUCGUGCGCGGCUCCGUCGUCACCCUCAAGGGCGACGUCCUGCCCCCGCCGCCCCGAAAAGCCCCGCCCCCGGCCCCACCGCCGCCGCCGACCGCCGCGCCGGAAGCCGAAACUGUGGCCCUGACCCCCUUCCAGAAGACCUCCCGCGAGGUCGCCACCGUCACGGCCGGCAUGGGCACCAUGCUGGCCCUGGGCAAGAUGACGGGGCCCCUGUUUAUGGGCAACGCUUUCACGUUUGCGCUGGCCUCCUUGAUCGGCUACCGCGUCGUCUGGGGCGUCACACCCGCGCUUCACUCGCCCCUCAUGAGCGUCACCAACGCCAUCUCAGGCGUGGUCGGCAUCGGCGGCCUCUUCAUCCUAGGCGGAGGCUACCUCCCACAAACGAUCCCCCAAGCCCUCGGCGCCGCCUCCGUCCUCCUCGCCUUUGUAAAUGUAUCCGGCGGCUUCGUCCUCACGAAGCGCAUGCUCGACAUGUUCAAGCGGCCCACUGACCCCCCCGAAUACCCCUGGCUCUACGCCGUGCCAGCAGCCCUCUUUGGCGGAGGCUACAUCGCCGCCGCCGCCACCGGCGCCGCGGGCCUCGUUCAGGCAGGCUACGCCGUCUCCUCUGUGCUCUGCAUCAGCUCCCUCUCCAGCCUCGCCUCCCAGGCGACCGCUCGCAUGGGCAACAUGCUCGGCAUGCUCGGCGUCGGCUCUGGCGUGCUGGCUUCGUUGUUGGCCGUCGGCUUCUCCCCGGAAGUCCUCACGCAGUUCGCGGGUCUCGCGGCCUUGGGUGGCAUCGCAGGCCUCGUCAUCGGCAAACGCAUCACGCCCACCGACCUCCCGCAGACCGUCGCGGCACUACACUCCGUCGUCGGCCUCGCCGCCGUGCUCACCUCCAUCGGCAGCGUCAUGGCGCACAUUGACGACAUUUCCACGCUGCACCUCGUCACGGGCUACCUCGGCGUCCUCAUCGGCGGCAUCACCUUCACCGGCUCCAUCGUCGCCUUCCUCAAGCUCGCCGGCAAAAUGUCCUCCAAACCCCUCGUCCUCCCCGGAAAACACCUCCUCAACUCGAGCAUGCUGGCCGCCAACAUCGGCACCAUGGGCGCCUUUGUCACACUCGCUCCGGGGUCCCCCAUGAUCGCCGCCAUGGCGUUGUCCGCCAACACGAUUCUGUCCUUUGCAAAGGGGUACACCACCACCGCAGCCAUCGGCGGCGCAGACAUGCCCGUCGUCAUCACCGUGCUCAACGCCUACUCUGGCUUCGCCCUCGUCGCCGAGGGCUUCAUGCUCGACAACCCCCUCCUUACGACCGUCGGCGCCCUCAUCGGCGUAUCGGGAUCCAUCCUCUCUUACAUCAUGUGCGUCGCCAUGAACCGGUCCCUAACCAACGUCCUCUUUGGCGGCAUCUCCUCGACGCCCGCGCAGACAGACUACAAAAUGGAAGGCGUCGUGACGCAGACAAACGUCGAGGACACGGCCGAGGCGCUCGUCAACGCCGAGAACGUGAUUAUCGUCGUCGGCUACGGCAUGGCCGUUGCGAAAGCGCAGUACGCCAUCAGCGAGAUCACGGGCAUGCUUAGGGCCAAGGGUAUUAAUGUCCGCUUCGCGAUCCACCCCGUCGCGGGCCGCAUGCCGGGCCAGUGCAACGUGCUCCUGGCGGAGGCUAGCGUGCCGUACGAUAUCGUGCUCGAGAUGGACGAGAUCAACGACGACUUUGGGGAGACGGACGUGACGCUUGUGAUUGGGGCGAAUGAUACUGUCAAUCCGAUUGCGUUGGAACCCGGUAGCCCGAUUGCGGGUAUGCCUGUGCUUCAGGCGUGGAAGAGCAAGCAGGUUAUUGUGAUGAAGAGGGGCAUGGCUAGUGGAUAUGCCGACGUACCGAAUCCCAUGUUCUACAUGCCCGGAACACGCAUGUUGUUUGGCGACGCCAAAGUGACUUGCGACGCAAUCAAAGCAGCCGUCGAAACCCGAGCAGCAUAGAGUCUAGAGAGAUCUCGUAUCGCGCAGACAUAAGACACCUCCGGCGGUAACCAACUAUGUUUUUUUUGGGACUCGGGAAGCAUCUGAUCUUUCCCACUAGAGGCGCUGCAUCUACAAGGAGCUCUCCGUCACGAAUACACAUAUCUCUCAGCUAUUUUGCUUUCUUCCCUUUUUUGCUUCCCCCCCACUCCAUUUCAGCGCGCUUUGUAUAUAGUGUGUUUGGAAAGACGAAAGCGGUAGUUUCUGUUAGCAAAGCACGAAUUGCAAUGCAUGUCACGGCUACAGGCUAUAGUACACGUGUCAUCUGCGGAUUUGAUCUUCCCAUGACUCCGUUGUCCUUGAACUUAUACUCAUCGAGUGCACCCGUAUUUUGAAGAGGGGCCCAGAUUAUGACAACGUACACAAUG